AUGACGGUUUGCCCCAAGUCUAGCGCCGCAGCAGAUUCGGGAUUCUGGUUCGGGACGCCCCUGUUCAGUCCAGACGGAUUUGCUAGCAGAUGGGAAAUUGGCGAUGCUUCCGGGGGCGUGUUGGCCAGUGACAGGGUUGGAGAGCCGAAGCAUUAUCGUGCCCAGGCGGGAAAGCCUUUACGCUGUGCUGAGAGGGAGACAAAAUCUGACGUGCGGGAUCGGCCAUCCAAGCCAAAUGCUCAACAGGUCAUGUUGGCUUUACGUGUUGAAUUUACGUCUCUUCCUUAA